CAUGGCGUCCAACAGCAGCGGCGGCGGCAGCUCCGACAGGCAGCGAAUUGCACAGCAAAGACUGAGCAGAAUUGCCGGACAUCUACAGAGACCGGCGGACGAUAACUCAGCCAUCCUCGCCGCGGAGUGUAAAGCCCAGGGGAGCAAGUCAGGCGUCUCCGGCGGUGGGAAGACUGUGCCGAGGAGGAGGCAGGAGAUCAUGAAAUGGAACGGCUGGGGAUACAACGACUCAAAAUUCUUCUUCAACAAGAAUGGCCAAGCAGAAUUUACUGGCAGAAGGUAUAGACUGAGUGGUUUGAUCAUCCCGGGUCUCAAAGACUGGUUCGAAGUCACGUUUGGCGCCAGUGUGCUGCAUAAAACUCUCGCGCCUCCCAUUCUGAAUAGCAGCGCCGUGCAGCCUCCCACUCUAAAUGAGGCCUUUGUAGAGGAACUGAAAUCUACAGGUAUUCCCUCCUCUCAUGACGCAGAAGACCGGGUGUUUCGUGCUCACGGCCACUGCCUACACGAGAUCUUCGCUCUGAGAGAGGGGAAAUUUGGUCGUAUUCCAGAUAUGGUGGUAUGGCCAAACUGUCACAGUGAUGUAGUGAAAAUUGUGGAGCUGGCGUGCAAACACAACGUUUGUUUGAUACCAUAUGGAGGAGGGACCAGUGUCUCCAGCGCCCUAGAGUGCCCCCCAGAGGAAGCUCGCUCCAUCAUCUCUCUGGAUACCUCACAGAUGAACCGCAUUCUGUGGAUUGACGAGAAAAAUUUCACCGCCCAUGUGGAAGCUGGCAUCGUCGGUCAGGAUCUGGAGAGAACGCUUAAUGAGAGCGGCUACUGUACAGGGCAUGAGCCUGACUCCAUGGAGUUCAGCUCCCUGGGGGGCUGGGUAGCAACCAGAGCAUCAGGCAUGAAGAAGAACAUCUAUGGCAACAUUGAGGACCUGGUUGUCCACAUAAAGAUGGUCACCCCACGAGGUGUGAUUGAGAAGAGCUGUCAGGGACCACGCAUGUCCACGGGGCCUGACGUUCACCACUUCAUCAUGGGCUCAGAAGGAACCCUGGGUGUGGUUACUGAGGUAACGAUGAAGAUUCGUCCAAUGCCAGAGUAUCAAAAAUACGGCUCCGUGGUGUUCCCUAAUUUUGAGCAGGGAGUCGCCUGCCUCCGAGAGGUUGCCAAACAGAGAUGUGCUCCAGCGUCUAUACGGCUCAUGGACAACGAGCAGUUUAGAUUUGGUCAUGCCCUGAAGCCUCAAGUAUCUUCAAUUUUCACAUCCUUUUUGGACGGGUUGAAGACAUUUUACAUCACCAAGUUCAAAGGGUUUGACCCCAACCACUUGUGUGUGGCCACCCUGCUGUUCGAGGGAGAUCGUGAGAAGGUCCUGCAGCAUGAGAAGCAAGUUUAUGACAUCGCUGCAAAAUUUGGGGGUCUGGCAGCUGGAGAGGACAAUGGGCAGAGGGGCUACAUGUUGACCUUCGUCAUCGCUUACCUCCGGGACAUGGGGAUGGACUACUACGUGAUCGGAGAGUCCUUUGAAACCUCUGUGCCUUGGGACAGGGUGUUGGACGUUUGCAGGAAUGUCAAGGCGCGCAUCAUUCGAGAGUGCAAAGAAAAAGGAGUUCAGUUUCCACCGUUAUCCACAUGCAGGGUGACUCAGACGUAUGACGCCGGUGCCUGUGUCUACUUUUACUUCGCCUUCAACUACAGGGGACUCAGUGAUCCAGUACACGUAUAUGAACAAGUGGAGCAUACUGCUAGAGAAGAGAUCCUUGCCAAUGGAGGGAGCUUGUCACAUCACCAUGGAGUGGGGAAACUUCGGAAGGAGUGGAUGAGAGAGUCCGUCUCCAAUGUCGGCUUGGGGAUGAUCAAGUCUGUCAAGGACUACGUGGACCCAAAUAACAUCUUCGGCAACAGGAACCUCCUCUAAUUUGCCCCGCUCCUGUCCAUCUUUAUCUCACCUGUUUUUUUUGUUUGUUUGUUUGUUUGUUUUCUAAAAGCAUCUUGUGCAUUUUGGAUUAAUAGAUACUAAAUGUGAAUUUAAAAUGGACAGAGAAUCUUCUCCAUCAAAAGUGUCAUUCGGUGCCAUUUAAUGAUUCACCCCGAACCUUUUUUUUUGUUUUUCUUUUACUUUGUAUUGCACUUAAUCUGCUGUAACAAUCACUCACGUCGAAGCUCAUUUUUACUGUCGAAUCGUGGCCUCAGCCUCUCACCACGAUGCUACUUGACAUGAUGCAACGAAACCUUGAUUUUUUUUUGUGUGUGUGUUUUGUCACAUUUGCUCUUGUUUAACCGCCUCCUAAACAUCCUUGCCAACAUAGAAACAACAAUCUGUUCCUCUUGUGUUUGUGUGUGUGUGUGUGUGUGUGGCACUUCUUUAGUGGUAAGUUCUCGAUGAAUGCGCUUUCUAAAGCUCUGUGCCUUUCUGAAGCUUUUGUCUGCCUUCCCUUCUCCUACACUUGUGUGUACAGUGAGUCCCUUUGUGAAGCGAAACAGACUCGGACAUCUUCUGCGUCUCCUGUUCGUCUUUUCAUGCCCUCCUGCCUUCUGUUGUUCUGACCUAUUGCCAUAAGAGACAGAUUUCUGGCCUGAAAACGUGUGCGUGUGUGUUUAACUAAACCCCCUUUUCUGCUCCACUAAAUUUUACGCCGACCCUUAGAAGUGCAGUAUGCUUACAAAGAGAGAUAUUCCAUGUGUGUUUUUGUACUGAAAGCGUUUACCUUACACGGUUUGUUACUGAGAAAGUGAAGUGAGACGGGGGGGGGGAUAAAAAAGCCAUUUCGAUCAUGCCUGUUUCAGUGUGACUACGUUUGAGGCCUCUGGAUCCCGGUGCUCACGUCGUACCAAAGACUCAAUUCAUCAGAUCGUGCUGAAAACGCUCGUCUGAUAUCACAACCACCACGUUUCAUCGAGUUACUCUACCAACAGCUCAUUUUUUAAAAAUUAGCUUAUGCAAAGAUAACCAUGUUGAGAGUUCUCAGAUGUAGAUAUUUGUGACUGUUACAUGUGCUAAAACUUUCUAUCAUGUUCAGGACAGUUUGCUCUGCUACAUUAUUGGAAAAAACUUUCCCCCCAAAUUCUUCAUCUUCUUGAGUAGUUUAGGUGUAUCUGUAUUGUGCAUAAGGUUUUUUGGAAGGGAUACUUUAAUGUGUUACGUUUUGAUACUGGACUUGUACCAUUUAGUGAUUGAAGUUGAAAUAUCCUUUUUUUUCUUCCUUUGCUUUGCCUUUUUUCCAGGACCACUCUGUCCUUUUAAUUCAAAACUACUUCCCCCCCCAAAUAAAAGGACUCAUUUGGGACCUGUCAUCUGAUAUUUUCCUGCCCCAUGUGUCAAAAAUGUGUGAAAGCUUUUGGAUGUUAUGGCUGUAUCUUCAUUUUUUAUUUUUUUUUGGUCAAUUUUCCACUACUCCUAACAACAUAGUAACAUCUGAGUACAUUUUGUCAAUGCUGUUUGUGCAAUAAAUUGAUCUAAAACAUCUCA